GGAAAAUGGCUGUAACCGCCCCCCAGUUGGGCUUGUUGGCACCGUACAGUUUGUGCAGGUGAGUGGCUAGUGAUCGGUGAAAGUUUUCGGAGCGUGACACCAUUUCCAAGGCCAAGCACUUCGGAACUUGCAAAACGCCCCCUGCUCUGACAACAGGAUUGCUGUGAACGCCGAGAGCUUAGUUAAGGUUUUCCAUAACGUGCGAUCCUGUAAGUCACAUGGCUCUUCUUUCAGAGGGAUUUCCCUGCUUCUCACAGCUGUGGCAUCCCUGUCGAGUCCACCCAAAAAUGAGUCAGUGUUGGGUGUUUUGCUUUCAUGUUGAACUUCGUGAAUUUGCUCUGGUUUAUUUUUAAGAGGCUUGGCAACAGUCUGAAGCAAAUGUCAUGUUUUGUAAUGGUUCUUUUCUUGCAGUGACCAUAAGGAAGAAAAAUACUAGCUUGGGUGUCUGUGGCAUUUUUCUCUUGUAUAAUACCAGGUGUUUGAGACUGUGAGACACGCUUGCACACUGCAUAGAUGGCAUUCACCAUCAGGAGCUUUAUGUGCUCCCGUUUCAGGUUUGUUCAGCCCCUUAAUGAUUCUUCCGAAUCAUUCGCUCAAAAUCUUGAGAGCUGAAGGCGCUUUACAUUCCUCCUCAGAAAAGAAAUGUUAUUAGAAUUAACAGUAAAAUAAGCACAAGAGCACUUGAAAUUAUAUUGUCAAAGUUUCUAAGAACUGUAAUUACCUAAGGUGAUGAGCUAAAGCCUGAAAUAUCUCAAAGAUGAUUUUUAGUGUUAGUGAGGAAGCUUUUUUUUUUUUAAAAAAAAAGGCAUUUCUGGCCUGUCUACAUGACUAUGAAUGCUGUUCUCAAAGAUACUUUUGCAUAUUGUAAAGAUAUGGAGCAGUAAACUGCAGAACAACAUUUUAGCAGAAAUCUGGGCAGCACAAGAUACAAACAUGUAGUGGUUUAAGUAGUGAGCUGCUCUGGCAGCUAUCAUAAGUACUGAAAUACCUACCGUAGGUUUUUUUCAAACAACAGUCCAGUGUUUUUUUCCAAGUAACAUAAGAGUGAUUUAUUAUCACAAAUUGCUGUUUUACAUCUUUAGAUCGAUCACUGUAUAAAAUAUUGCAGGUCUGCAAAUAGUUGAGUCUUAGUCAAGCUUGAUUGUUAAACAAAUUAAAGAGAACUUAUGUGUGCAGUCCUGAACUGUAUUGUGUUUAAGGCCUCAGAUAAAAUUUCUGGCAUCCAUUUUUAUUUAUGUAUUAUAAAAAUGCAGUCACAGCCAGAAUUUAAUGCAGAACUGCUGUCAACCUGUUUAAUGGGAGGGGAGUCUUGGCUUUCAAAUGGAAUUAGACCUCCCGGUACUCAAGUGCUGCAACUGUCAUAUGGAUGUUAUGCCUUCAGAAAGAGGUGAGGCCUGGCCAAGUACGCAUGUUUUUUCAUUGUAAGUUCAUGUUGGGCUUCCAUUGAAAAGAAAGCUACGGAUAUGGAGCCACUGCAGAAUGGUAUUUACAGCUAGCAGAAAGUUGAGCAGGUCAGUGAAAGCCUUCGGUCUGUGUGCCCUCAGCUGUAUCGCUCCUGCUGCUCAGUUGGUUUGUGAAUUGGUGAGUUCUGGUAGCGAAGCUCCUCAUCAGCCAUCGUCGUCCUCAUCUCCACAGUCCAUUUGGCUAGGGAAGCCUUGGCGAAGGAUGAGGCCUCGUCCCUCCAAGGAGGUUGCCUUCAUCAGAAGUGAGUGGUGAAGGAAGUUUGAAAAAAUCUUGAAUGUAUAUUUAGAAAUCUGAUGUAGGAAAAUCUGUACUUUAACGUUAAAAAACUUAAUCAUUUUCUGGGAAACACCUUAGGAAAAAAUGUUCACAUUCUGUAAGCUUAAGGAGGCUGUUUUCUGUUCUAGGGUGAUGUACUGCCUCCCUCCCCGGCUCCUUCCCCUCCCAAACCACCUUGGCUGGCCGAGGUUGCAUGCUGUGCUGGCGGAGACUGAAGCUCACCUAGGUCUCCUCUCCACAGAUACCUUAGAUGAAUACUUCGAGUAUGAAGCUGAGGAGUUCCUGGUCUCCUUGGCCUUGCUGAUCACUGAAGGUCGAACACCUGAAUAUUCGAUAAAGGGCAGAACAGAGGGCUUCCACUGUCCUCCAGCACAAUCAAGUCAGCCCCCAACAACUAAGCAUGAAUGCAGCGACAGAGUGGCUCAGUGUCGUCAAGCCAGGCGAACCAGAUCUGAGGUUAUGCUGCUGUGGAAAAACAAUAUUCCGAUCAUGGUAGAAGUGAUGUUGCUUCCAGACUGUUGCUAUAGCGAUGAAGGGCCUAACACCGAGGCGAACGAUUUAAACGAUCCUGCAAUCAAACAAGAUGCAUUGUUGUUAGAAAGGUGGAUUUUGGAACCAGUUCCUCGACAAAGUGGAGAUCGAUUCAUUGAAGAGAAGACACUUUUACUGGCUGUUCGCUCUUUCGUUUUCUUCUCGCAACUGAGUGCAUGGCUGAGUGUUUCACAUGGUGCUGUUCCCCGUAACAUUCUGUACAGGGUGAGUGCUGCAGAUGUGGACUUGCAGUGGACGUUUUCCCAGACACCAACUGAGCACGUCUUUCCUGUUCCUAAUGUUUCUCACAAUGUGGCCUUGAGAGUCAGUGUCCAGUCCUUGCCCAGACAAUCGAACUACCCAGUUCUGACUUGUAGUAUUCACACUAACCUUAGCUUUUAUGAAAAGCAAAUGCAAGAUCGUAAGUUACGUCAACGCAGUGAAUCCAGUGCAGCAGAGCAGUGCAGUACCUCCAGUUCACAGCGUGUCUAUGGGAAACAAGCGUGGACAAUGACACCUGAAGGCCUGCUUAAUGUAAAAAAGACACCCGAAUUUACUAUGUCUAUCAGAAAUUUAAAGAUUUAUCCAACUACUGGCCUUGGAUCUGACUGUGGGGCAUCACAAUCUAAAGUUCAGUGCUAUAAUGCUACAGCAGACAAUAAGACACAAUCUCAUGAAACGGCUGUCAGAACUUUUAAAACCUUUUCUUUAAUUGAUUCCCGUGUUACAAAUGGUCAUUGCUCUCAUCAGUCCACAGGAGAAAUCAACCCUUUAAUAGGCUCUUUACUUCAAGAGCGACAAGAAGUCAUCGCAAGAAUUGCUCAGCACUUGAUUCACUGUGAUCCAGCUACUUCACCAGUUGUUGCUGGACAUCCCUUCAACCUACAUGAAACUGGCUCAGCUACACCAAAAGCUUUUCGGAGUACUUAUGAAGAUGAAAACUUGCUUAAGAAAGGCAAGGAAACCUCCUCUGCUUCUGUUGCCAACUUAGAUAAUGCAAUACAAGAAGAUGGUGGUGAAGGCAAAACCAGAGCAAUACCAGAGAUCCCACGGCUCGAUCCCCGUGCUCCAGUGAACCACUGUGGCCGUCCCUCUGCAGGAGAGGGAAACCCUCUCAUCGAUUCUCUGCUUCAGGAGCGGCAGGAGGUUAUAGCAAGGAUUGCCCAGCACUUGAUUCAUUGCGAUCCAGCGACUUCUCAUGUUACAGGAUGUCCAUUCAAAGUACAUGAAACUAGCCCAGUUACUUCAAAAAUUUUCCGAAGUACAUAUGAAGACGAAAAUUUGCUGAAGAAAGGCAAGGAACCACCUUCUGUUUCUUUUGCUAAAUCCAAUUUUUCUUUGCUAGAAGACAGCAGUAAAUCAAGGACGAAAACACCUGAUACUCCCAUCAGUCCUUCUAGGUUUGAUGGUGAAUCGAAGGCUUCUCUGAAACUCCAAGCAAGAAGAAAAUUGGUUUUAGCAAAACCCAAUGAAGCUGUCCGAAAUGCAUUUCAUCAGACUUCAAAUAAGACUUCUCAUUCAUUUACUAACAUGCACACAUCAUCAUCAUGUGUUAAAGAAAAUAAAUCUGAAUUGCCAGAUAAAUUGGAAAUGAUACAUUCUGGUUAUGUGCAGAAAGACCAGAUAACCAAUAGAAUUAAACAGUGUUCAAAUUUUAGCAGCAUUGAUGAACAGAUUUGCACAAAUAAACUUAAAGAAAGAACAGUUGUUAGUGAGAACAGCAACACGGACAGUUUUAACAAUUUACAGCUAGAUAAAUGCAGAAUACUUGAAGGUACAAAAAAAGCAUCUGUGAUGCAGACAUCUGACUCUUUGCACAAGAAUGAGCUCAAGUGUUUAGAUAAAGACUCAAAAAAACCAAAUAUUUAUGAGCAAAAUACUCAGCUUAUUAGUAUUGAAAAUUAUUUAAAUAAAGACCAUGACAGUUUCAAAAAUAAAAACAAACAAGAUAAAACAAAAACUGCACAUGAUGAGAAUGAAGACCCAGUAGGCCUUGAUUUCCAAAGCACUUCUCAGAAGAAAUCUGUGGAAGACAGCUCACUCAGGUGUGAGCGGCUGAAGAACCCAGAUGUGCAGAAAGCACCAUCUCUAAAACACACAAAUAUAUGGCGGAAACACAACUUUCGAUCCUUGGAUGGAACUUCAACCAAGGCUUUUCAUCCCAGAACUGGAUUGCCUCUACUUUCAAGUCCUGUUCCUCAAAGAAAAACACAGUCUGGGUGCUUUGAUCUGGAUUCAUCACUGCUGCAGUUGAAAUGUUUGUCUGCAAGAAGCCCACAACAAUGUAUAAACAGAGACAGUGAUCCAGCGAACCAUGGGAAACCAUUUUUAAGUUCUAGUGCUCCACCAGUAACAAGUCUUAGCCUUCUGGGAAACUUUGAGGAGUCUGUCUUGAAUUUUCGCUUAGACCCGCUAGGCAUCGUUGAGGGCUUUACAGCAGAAGUGGGAGCAAGCGGAGUCUUUUGUCCCACUCACAUGACUUUGCCAGUGGAAGUGUCAUUCUACAGCGUUUCGGAUGAUAACGCACCCUCUCCUUACAUGGGUGUAAUUACUCUGGAGUCCCUUGGUAAAAGGGGUUAUCGGGUACCGCCUUCAGGAACGAUACAAGUGACCUUAUUUAACCCUAACAAAACUGUGGUGAAAAUGUUCGUGGUGAUCUAUGACUUGAGAGAGAUGCCAGCUAAUCAUCAAACAUUCCUACGGCAAAGAACUUUCUCUGUUCCUGUGAGACGAGAAAUCAAGCGGACUGUCAAUAAAGAAAAUAGUCAACAGACUGAAGAAAGGCUACUUCGCUACCUCAUACAUCUGAGGUUCCAGAGUUCUAAAUCUGGAAAGAUCUACCUCCACAGAGAUGUAAGGCUCCUAUUCUCUCGGAAGUCCAUGGAAGUUGAUAGCGGCGCUGCAUACGAACUCAAAUCUUACACUGAAUCUCCAACAAAUCCUCAGUUUUCACCAAGAUGUUAGCAAACAAUGGCAAACUAAAGUAUUCAUCGUACUGUUGAUUACUCCUUACAAGGGAAGAUCGGUAAAGCUGACAGUAUAAAAUUAAAUCUGUAAAGGAAUGAAAAUAGCGCUCGAGAGAGAAGGUUCUUAUGUGAUCCUGGACCAGUUUUGUAAAAGGUCUCUGGAAUGAGCUUUGUGUAUUCCAAGUAGACUGGAAAUGUACUUAAAUCUAAUCUUUUUGUACUGUUUAAAACCACUUCAUUGGAUGUGUUGCAAUAGCAAAUUCCCAAGUUAGUUUAGUGUUUACACUUUUUAUUUUAUUUUUCAGUUAUUUAAUAUUUAAUGUUUCAUUUAAUACUCAAGUGAUGUUUGUCUUUAGUGUUCUAAUGUAGCAUAAAUCCUAUGUAAAAUCAUACUAUGUAUUUUUGGCAUUAAUAUUGAAAUCUGAAAUAUAUACAGAUGUCU